CACAAACCGGAAGUGUUAGUUUUAGCCGUUAACUUCACUUGCAGCAACCCUCUUCCGUGACACCUCUGUUUCUCCAAAUACAUCCAGUGUCUGCAGAGAAAGAGGGAUGCCGAGGCUCGUUUUGUGUUAAAUUGACGAGUUAAAUCAAGUAUGGAGAGAUGAAUUCCGGCCUGUUUAAGUAAAGAAGUGGCGGGAUGAUGUUUGCUGUUGACUGAAGUCCAAACCAAGAACCAAAAUGAAGAGGAGACUGCUGCAAGGUUUCCUGUCGGAAAUCUCCAUCCGGUUUGCUCUUCUGUUUGUGUUCCUCGUGACGGAGCAGCUCCCUCCUUUCUACCGGGAGAUCCAGGCCGAGGAGAUGUGGCUGUACAAGUUCCACCGCGUGGAGUCGGACCAUGUACCAACCUCUCUCAUGUUUAGUGUGGCUGUUUUAACCCCACUGAUUAUAAUCCUGGUUUUUAACCUGUUGAGAAAGUCGGAGCAUGGCGAUCUGAGAGAAGCCUCUCUGGCUGUGACUCUGACUCUGGUGCUCAAUGGAGUUUUUACCAACGUCAUCAAACUUGUUGUUGGCAGGCCGAGACCAGAUUUCUUCUAUCGCUGUUUCCCGGACGGUCAGAUGAACUUGGAGCUGCGCUGCAGCGGUGACCCAGAUGUUGUCAUAGAGGGACGAAAAAGCUUUCCCAGCGGACACUCCUCCUUUGCUUUUGCAGGUUUGGGCUUCACAGCGCUGUACAUCGCAGGAAAGCUGCGCUGCUUCAGUCCGGCUGGCCAAGGCAGAGCGUGGCGGCUGUGUGCCUUCCUCACGCCUUUGCUCCUCGCAGCUGUAAUCGCUCUUUCCAGAACCUGCGACUACAAGCACCACUGGCAAGAUGUGUUAGUCGGGUCCAUGUUGGGUCUGGCCUUCGCCUGGCUCUGCUACAGGCAGCACUUUCCUCCACUUCAGGACCCGGACUCCCACAAACCGAUCCGUCAGAGACAGACUGUCCCCGCGGCGCAGGAGCGUAAGUUGGCCAACUCCAACUUCCUCCUGCCUCUGUAGAGCCGCUGCGACCCGAACACUUUCCACGGGAUUGCAAGGAGAUCCGUGGAAUUACGGUUUUCAAAAUGGUUGGGAUGGAAACUUUGUGCUUAUAUUUAUUGUUGGUUAUUACUUCUGCAGCUUUUGAAGUUUCUGUGAGUGUGAUUGAAUGAAUUACCAAAUCAUUAACAGUUCUAAUUAGGCAAACUGAAAAGUAUCAUAACAUACCGGCUAUUUUAGUUUCAUGGUUCGACUUGAGUCUCCACCUGGACCAGUUCUGUGCCUUUAGGUUACAGCAAUUGAGACAAUUUAACUACACAACCACUGCUUAGCUGCGUUAACCAUUAUUGGGUGACUUGAUUGUUUAAUCUUGCAACUUUUUAAAGAAGCAGAUAUGCAGGCACUAGAUCUAAUUUAUUUCCAUUAGUCUUUAUUCUUGACUGAAUAGAAGAUUUGUGGUCUUAAAGGUCUGUUCCAUAAGAGUGCAGAUCUUUUGAAUCUACUUCAGUAGUCUUCUGGUAUUGAAGUGGUCGCAACACUGCAAAAACAUAAAAACUUACCAACUAUUUUUUAUCUAGUUUCCAAUCAGAUAUCUUAGUGAAAUAAGACUAAACUAACUUACAAGUAACUUUUCAGCUACAUAUAGGAGCUUGAUUUCAAUAAAUAAUUGAAAUACUAGUUCCACUGGAAGAUGAUUUCUUAUAAUAAAACAUUUUUCCAUGCUAUAAGUCAAAUAAUUGACCACUGGAAGUAUAUUUCUGAUCAAUAAAAAUAAAUUAUUGAUUUAAAAGAAGCUCCUAUAUCUUGCUAAAAAGUUAUUUUUAAUUCUUAAGAUUUUAUGUUUUUGUAGUGAUCAGGAACAUUACCCUGAGAUUUUUCUUUGUUCAUCAUUUUUGCCUCAAAUUAGCCAAAGCACAACCCUGAACCUUUGCAGGAUAUUGCCAACUUUUUGUGAAAGUAUUUAUUUAUAUAUAUUUUUGCUUUGGAGGACAGCGACAUGCUGUAAAUCGAUUUAAAAGAAACUGGGACCUUUUAAGCUAACGUUUUCCACAUCCUCUCAUAUAUCAUUAUUUUGAUCAAAUUUUCCAUUUUUUUUUUCUGUUCAGGUUUGUUACUGCAACACAAAGAUAAUGUUUGUAAAACCUGUUUCUUGAAUUUCAAUAGGGCGGUAAUUUGUUCAGUGAGGAUUUCCGGAAGAAAUGCAGUGAAAUGUCAUCUUCUUCACUUAGCUCAGACACAGACAAAGAAAGAAUUAUCAUUAAAGUGAAGAAUUUUCUUUCUUUAUUGGCUUAAAACUCAACAAAAACAUCUCCAAUCACAUUAACGGUCUGGCUGUUUACUCCCCGUUCUGUAUUAAAUUAUUGAUUUUUGUAAUCCUUGAGAAAAACUGUUCUAACGAAAGAGUGCUUUUGUGCAUCUUCUUUAUCAGUGUUUAUUUCCCCAGUGCUCAUCCUGUUUACAUAUCCCCACUGAAUAUUACCACAAUCUGUCAUUAUUGUUAUUUUAUUAUUAUUAUCAGUCAUAGAUUAGCAGGUUUAUAAAUAGGACUGUUACAGAUAAGGACGUGUAUCUGCUUAGAAAAGGAAAAUCAUGAUUUAUGUUUCAUACUUUUUUAUGUUCAUUUGCUUUGUGAUAUGAAAUUGUGAAGUGUGAAUCUAGUGUAAGCAGAGCUGAGUUAUAGGGACCAUUUCAUGUGAAAAGGAAGGGAAAUGGGAGGAAAGUAAGUGGGAGUGAUUUUAGUAGUUUGCUUCCUCUAAGGGUAGAUUUGUGAUUUAGAUGGUAGCGCAGCGUUGGGACUGUUAGAUUUAUGCAUAUUUAAUUUGUUGAGGCUUAAGCCACAAAAGUUGUUGGUUUCUUGAAUAAUUGAUGACUCAAAAUUAGUCACAUUGUUUUAUUAUCCAUCCGUUUUGUUGAAAGCUUAACUACAGCUUCGUCAGCAGGACUCUUUUUUUUUGCUGCCUUUGUUUGUGUUGCUUUAAUUCUUUCUGUUUUGCUUUAGUGUUUCUUGAAUGUUUGUCAUUCGCUGUUUCGUUGUUUGUGUUUCAUCUCUGGCUUCAUGUGCCAAACUCUUUAGUAUAACAAGCAAAUGUAGCAGCACCACGUUGUGCUUCAGAGUUACUAUAGUGCCUGCUGUACUUUAACUUUAGUCUCUGCUAUAGCUGAACAGCCCAAUGGAUCAUAUUGUUACAGGGUUUUAUGACUGUAAAGGGAAUGUAAGGGAAACCUUUCCUUGUUUCAGUGAAUCUAACACCUACUGUAACUGUGGUUUUUGUUGACAGCUGGGUUUAUGAAUGAAUUGAAGCUGAAGCGAAACGCUCCAUGAGUUAGUUUUUGGUAGUAGGCAUGGGUCGGUAAAUUUGCAAAAUGUGAUAACUUUAUCCAAAAGUACUACAAUUUCACUGUAAUAAACCUGAAUAUAACACAAAAAAGUAAAUUAUGAUCUGUUUUCUUUAUAUUUGCAAAAGAAAAACAACAAUUAAUAGUCCUGCUGAAAUGUUGAAUAAAAAAAUUAGUAGGGAUUUUCAGGUAAAUGUGCCUACAUGUUUUUGCAGAGUGAACUCAGUCAGGCUACCUUCUCUGGGGCUAAUUAGUUGGUUUCCACACUACAAAAAUCAGUUGUUAAUACAGAAAUGUUUUGCUUUUCUUCUAUAGAUGUUGUAGCUUUCUUUCAGCUAGCUGACUGGCAGUGCAAAGCAACAGGUUGGAGAGGGGCAGAAUGGAGUUAUUCCAUCUGCUCCAGCACUUUCUCUGACUUCUCACUCAGAUAAUCAGAUUUUAACCUUUUAUUUUUCUUAACCUCUGCAUAUCUUGAUACCACUAGCCGACCCAUGCCUGCUUGGUAGUGACUGUGGAACCAGAUCUUUGUACUGGACCCGACAGAGGUUGAACCUCUCCUGCUGGUCAGGUGCCGCAAAAAGCCAAAAUGGAAAUCUCCCUUCUCAUCUACUUUAGUUUUUCAAAAAAGGAAACUGUUUACCUGUGUUUUUUUGUUUGUUUGUUGUUGGGUUUUUUUUGCUUUGUUUUGUCUAGUUUUAUUACUUUUAUUAUUUUUCUGUAACGUUUUUGUGCUGUUGCUUAAUUUUGCUCGAGAUGUCAGCCUCUCUGUUAUUCUCAUUGUUUUUCUUGUGUUGGACCUUUUGCUACAAUCUGUGUAAAACCAGCCAAAGUUUGCAGGUUCAGAGCACGUCUGUGAGAAUCACUGCACUCCGAUCAGACUUGUCAGAAAAUGAGUGACUUUGUGCCUUUGUUUACUGCGUUACUUUACAGAUCCACGCCUCGCACCCUGUUAUUUUACAUGUACAGAACUCUGUGUUUCCAUGUGGCAUGCUGCCUUUUUACCUCAGAACAGAAAUGAUCAAGUGUUAUUUUUGAUGGAGUCAAACGUGAAUGUCCUAACGUUAGAGGGACACCUGGGGGACAAACCUCACUUUCAGACCUUAAAUCGAAAUACUAGCAUAUUUAAUUUCAUGGAAUGUUUAACUUUACUUGAAAUUUUUAUUCUAUUUUUUUUUUUUACAUGUGGUGAUUAUUAAAUUAAGAUUCAUAUUCUAGGGCACUUUGGUUUUAUUUGUUAGGCUUCUUGAUCUUGAUAAAAUUGUGCAUGUUUUACAGUUAAACAGCAUCUAAUUUAACUCACAGCUCCCGUCCACUUGUUAGGCUUCUUGUGGUUUUCAGUUCAUGUUUUUUGUAUCGGGUUAAUGCAAACGGGAUUAUUCGUAGAACUGCUUGUUAGCUUUAGAAUCACAGCCACAUGUAGCUGCUCAUUCUGAGAUGAUGUCCUGAUUUUUGUUUUCAAUUUUUUUUUCUCUCCAUGUUGUGAUGCUUGAACACUUUACUGUGUUGGGGAAAUAUUCCUGGUGUUUGCAUAUUUUCCUUCUUGGUAAUUAAUUGAAAAUUAAAACCAGAGAUGCAUCUUCUACAAAAA